AUGCUUCCUGAUGAGACAAUCGACAAGGCGGCUGAGAAGCUUGCCGCAUAUCGGAGCAACGAUGUCCUCUCCGAGAUCCUGGACCAGUAUCAGGUCCUUAUUGACAACUACCGCCGUCUGAAGAGCGACUACGAAGAGGAACGAGAGGGGAGAGAGCGAUACAAACAGCUCGCUCGUGGCCAGGAGCGCAAUCCCUUUGCCCUCGUCGUCAUUGACGGAGACGGCUAUAUCUUUGACGACCACUUUGUCGGCUCGGGAGAGGAGGGAGGUAGCAGAGCCGCCAAGCAACUUAUCGACAGCGUCAAAAACAGCCUCCGCCGCAAGGGGCUCGAGAGCUGCGAGGUCAUGGUGCGCGUCUACGCUAAUCUCGUGGGCUUGUCCAAGUCUCUCUGUAAGAACGGGCUUUGCGGCGCCGAAAAGCGUUCCCUCGCGUCCUUUGUCGCAGGCUUCAACAGAUCUUAUGGCCUGGCCGACUUUAUCGACGCCGGUGAACUAAAAGAAAAUGCCGACUUCAAGCUCAAGGCCAUCCUCCGCCUCUACGCCGACAAUGCCCAGUGCAAGCACAUCUACUUUGCCGCCUGCCACGACGUGGGCUAUGUCUCGGACCUUACUCCCUUUAGGGGUAACCAAGAUAGGUUUACCCUGAUCCGCACCCCGAGCUUGCUCUUCCACAAGGAGUUUGAGAAGCUCGGUAUGAACAUUGAAGAUCUCCACGGCGUCUUCCGCCAGAAUCCCCUCACGUACGCUGCUCCGUCUCAGAGCAAGCCCAACAACUCAUCCACCAAACUCAACCUGGCACCUACGAACCUGUCUAACGGGGGUUCCGCCAGCAACGAUGCCGUUUGUCAGUUUUACAACCUCGGCAAAUGCAGAUAUGGAAACAGCUGCCGCCUCGCCCAUAUCGACACCAAAACUUCGUCUCAUACGAGCCAGAACAGCACCCCGUCCCCUUCUAUCGGUAAUGGCCCAAAGCCGGAUAGAAACCUCAACAGUGACUGGCGCCGUGGCUCUAGCAACUCCCUCUCCAGGGUCAAUAUCGAAUCACUGCCCAAGAAGGAAGAUAUCCCAGAAGGCUUUGUCGCUGUCAACCACGUCGACGAACGCCUCGACGCCUUCCUGCCCACGCCUUCUGGCGACUCUAUCAAAAAGCUCAAGGCGUUAUCUGCCGAGAAAAGAUUCUGCAACAAUAAGCAGCUGUUUGACGCCUGCGACAAUGACGCCUGCGAGUACGACCACACCCCAAUCGCCGAGGAGCUCAAGCCGGCCCUCGAGUGCCUCGCGCGCUCAGUCCCGUGCUCUAGACGAGGCGGGUGCCGAAAGGCUAACUGCGUCUACGGGCACGUCUGCCAAAAGGCUGAUUGUCGUCAUCGAGGUGGCAAAGGCUACUGCCGAUUCCCCAGUAGAACAUGUCUGGGAGAAUACUCUGUCACCAACUACGUCGAAGCCAACGACUCCCCUAUGUUGUCGCCCUCCAUGGACUCGGAGGAUGCGCGAAACGCCGAAAACGGUGGCACGAACCUGUGGUUAUAG